AGCGCCCAUCUUCCGGGGCGGGACUUCCUGUCCAUUAUUGAUAGGCGCCGGGCUGCAGAGGUGGUGGGAGGAUCACCCAGGAAGGCUCCGCCCCCAGCGUCCUGUGGCCAUGACGACCGCCCCGCGGGACUCCCUGGUGUGGAAGCUCGCGGGGCUGCUGAGAGAGUCUGGGGAUGUGGUCCUGUCUGGCUGUAGCACCCUGAGCCUGCUCACUGCCACAUUGCAGCAGCUGAACCACGUAUUUGAGCUGCACCUGGGGCCAUGGGGCCCUGCCCAGACAGGCUUCGUGGCCCUGCCCUCCCACCCUGCCGACUCCCCCGUCAUCCUCCAGCUUCAGUUCCUCUUCGAUGUGCUGCAGAAAACACUUUCGCUCAAGCUGGUCCAUGUCCCAGGUCUUGGCCUCCCAGGGCCCAUCAAGAUUUUUCCCUUCAAGUCCCUUCGGCAGCUGGAGCUCCGAGGCGUCCCCCUCCACUGCCUCCAUGGCCUCCGUGGCAUCUAUUCCCAGCUGGAGACCCUGAUUUGCAGCAGGAGCCUCCAGGCAUUAGAGGAGCUCCUUUCAGCCUGCGGUGGCGACCUCUGCUCUGCCCUGCCCUGGCUGGCUCUGCUCUCUGCCGACUUCAGCUACAACGCAUUGACUGCCCUAGAUAGCUCGCUGCGUCUCUUGUCAGCUCUGCGCUUCCUGAACCUGAGUCACAAUCAAGUCCAGGACUGUGAGGCCUUCCUGAUGGACUUGUCUGAGCUCUGCCAUCUGGACAUCUCCUAUAACCACCUGCGUUUGGUGCCGAGAAUGGGACCCUCGGGGGCUGCUCUGGGGACCCUGAUCCUGCGAGGCAAUGAGCUCCAGAGCCUGCAUGGCCUAGAGCAGCUUCGGAACCUGCGGCACCUGGACCUGGCUUACAACCUGCUAGAAGCACACAGGGAGCUGUCGCCGCUGUGGCUGCUGACCGAGCUCCGCAAGCUCUACCUGGAGGGGAACCCUUUGUGGUUCCACCCGGAGCACCGAGCGGCCACUGCCCGGUACUUGUCAUCCCGUGCCAGGGACGCGGCUGCCGGGUUCCUUCUUGACGGAAAGGCCUUGUCACUGACUGAUUUUCAGACCUCCACAUCCUCAGGGCUUGGCCCCGCGGCCCCACCUCUGCCCUGGCCAGUUGGGAGUACCACCGAAACCUCCGGCGGCCCUGACUUGAGUGACAGCCCCUCGUCAGGGGGCGUUGUGGCCCAGCCCCCGCUUCGUAAGGUUAAGACUCGAGUCCGUGUGAGGCGGGCAAGCAUCUCAGAACCCAGUGAUACGGACCCGGAGCCCCGGACUCUGGGCCCCUCCUCUGCUGGAAGGUUCGUGGAGCAGCAUCGGGAACUGGAGCUCAUGAACAGCUUCCGGGAGCGGUUUGGCCACCACUGGCUGCAGUAUAGGAAUCAUCUGGAGGCCUCUGGGACCCAUAUCCUGGUGACUUCGGAGACCCCUGCCCUCAGCACGCAGCCCCCGGACGCCCCGAGUGCAGAGCCCGUGGCCGACCCUCUGCCCCCUGAUCAGGAGCCACCACAGGAAGUGGCAGAGGAGGUCAGGGUGGAGCCGGAGCCACAGGAGGAAGAGGAGGUGGAGGAGCAGGGAAAAGAGGAUGGAGGGAAGGAGGAAGAGGAGGAGCAGGAGCAGAACGAAGUGCAGGUGGAGCUCUGUCGCCCCAUGUUGGUGUGUCCCCUGGAGGGGCCCGAGGGCGUGCGUGGCAAGGAAUGCUUUCUCUGGGUCACUGCUGGCCACCUGUUCGAGGUGGAACUCCAGGCGGCUCGAACCCUGGAACGGCUUGAGCUCCAGAGUCUGGAGGCAGCUGAGAUAGAGGCCGAGACCCAGGCCCAGGGAGAGCUGGUGCCGGAGGGGUCCGAUCUGCACGCCGGGGCUCCCGUCCUUACCCUCCGCUUCUCAUACAUUUGCCCUGACCGACAGUUGCGUCGCUAUGUGGUGCUGGAGCCGGAUGCCCAGGAGGCCGUCCAGGAGCUGCUCGCUGCAUUGACGCCAGUAGCUACCACUCAGCAUCAGCUUGGGGAAGCGAGGGAUCCGCCAGGGAACAGACUCCAGUGUCUGCGUUGCGGCCAUGAGUUCAAGCCAGAGGAGCCCAGGUUGGGACUGGACAGUGAGGAAGGCUGGAGGCCUCUGUUCCAGAAGACAGAAUCGCCUGCUGUCUGUCCCAGCUGUGGUAGUGAUCACGUGGUUCUCCUGACUGGGUCCCCCGGAACUCCCAGUGGGGAGCGGAGACAGGGGGAGCAGUUGUCAGCCUCCUCGCAGUCCCCGAGCGCUGUCCAGGACCCUCCUGGCUACAGCGACCUCAGCAACAGGGCCAGUGGCAUCUCAUCUCAGGCAGUGGGCUCACAUGACCGCCACAGUUGGAGCCUCAGCCCCCCCCCUGAGCACCAUGGCCUCCGCUCUGUGGACCACAGACUCCGGCUCUUCCUAGACGUCGAGGUGUUCAGCGAGGCCCAGGAGGAGUUCCAGUGCUGCCUCAAGGUGCCACUGGUGUUGGCAGGCCACCCAGGGGAGUUUCUCUGUCUUGUGGUUGUGUCUGACCACAGGCUGUAUGUGUUGAAGGUGACAGGGGAGAUCAGAGGGCCUCCGGCUGGCUGGCUGCAGCCGACCCUGGCCAUUCCCCUGCAGGAUCUGAGGAGCGUAGAGCUGGGCCUGGCAGCACAGAGCCUGCGGCUGGAGUGGGUAGCAGGGGUGGGCAGCUGUGUCCUGCUGCCCCGAGAUGCCAAGCGCUGCAGGGCCUUCCUGGAGGAGCUCACUGAUGUCUUGCAGUCCCUGCCCCCCACCCGGAGGAGCAGCAUCAGCGCCACAGAGGAGGAGGUGACCCCGAAGCACCGGCUCUGGCCAUUGCUGGAGAGAGACUCCUCCUCAGAGCCGCCCCAGUUCUUCUACCUUCGGGUGUUCCUGGUCGAAGGCCCUGCUACCUGCCCUGUGUCCCUGUUGCUGACUCGGUCCACCCUGUACCUGUUAGAGGAGGACUGCAUAGGGUCCCAGGCAGAGCCCCCGCUUCCAGCAGCAUCGGGUGAAGCCUCUGAGAAGUCCCCACCCUCCGGGCCAGGCCCUUCAGUGCACGUCAGGGAGCAGCAGCCACUCAGCAGCCUGAGCUCCGUGCUGCUCUACCGCGUGGACCCAAAGCACCUGCGGCUGGUCUUCUACGACGAGGUGUCCCGGCUGGAGAGCUUCUGGGCGCUCCGUGUCGUGUGUCCAGAGCAGCUGACGGCCCUGCUGGCCUGGAUCCGGGAGCCCUGGGAGGAGUUGUUUUCCAUUGGACUCCGAACUGUGACCCAAGAGACGCUAGACCUUGACCAGUGAGGCUGCCAUGCUGGCCCCAUCCCCCACUCUGGGGCCACAGCGACGGACGUUCUCUCUCCAGACUCUGGCUGCGGCCUCCUCUGGCUUUGGGGCGUUGGUUGGCAAGGCCCCGACGACUCAAGGCUAGGGUGAGAGGACUGGUCUGGCCUCCAGACGACCUGGCCCAAGGGCCAGGCUGAGUGAUCCGUAGGAAUGUUUCUCCUGCACUUUUUCUCAGGUAUCAAUAAAGUGGUUUCCAUUCCAGA